GUUUUGAAUCAAAUCCUGACUGAAAUGGAUGGAAUGUCCGCCAAGAAAACUGUUUUCGUUAUUGGAGCCACAAACAGGCCUGAUGUUAUUGAUCCUGCACUUUUGCGGCCUGGCCGUCUUGAUCAAUUGAUUUAUAUCCCUUUGCCUGAUGAGGAUUCUCGCCAUCAGAUUUUCAAGGCUUGCCUUAAGAAAUCUCCACUUUCCAAAGAUGUAGACCUGAGAGCCCUUGCUAAGACCACCCAAGGCUUCAGUGGUGCCGAUAUUACGGAAAUAUGCCAACGUGCCUGCAAAUAUGCCAUAAGGGAGGACAUCGAGAAGGAUUUCGAGAGGGAGAGGAGAAGGAAGAAUCCUGAGGCUAUGGAGGAUGUAGAAGAUGAGGUGGCUGAGAUCAAGGUUGCUCAUUUUGAGGAAUCAAUGAAGGUUGCACGUAGGAGUGUGAGUGAUGCUGAAAUUCAAAAGUACCAGGCAUUUGCUCAAACAUUGCAGCGCUCUGGAGUUUUCAGCAUUUUCUUUUCUUUUUGCGUCGAUGCAAUUGUUGACUUCCCUGUAUCAUGGGGUAAAAGCCUUCAAGAGAUUAUGAUGAUCAAACAACUCAGGGCUUCUGGUUUUUGGCCAGUGCUCCUGGUUCCAGUUUAA